AUGGUGCAUGUUGCUACUGAAGCUUCUGUAAAAAUUGCUGCGGAUGUGAAACGAUAUGCUGGACGCUAUGAGGAGAUCACGAAAAGCUUAGCCGAAAGUAAUGCAGCAUUUGACAAGUUCAAGAAGGAGAUUGAUAGAGUGAGUUAUUGACG